AGCAACUAUGAUAAUUCCGAGAACGACAAGUGGGCCACGGAUGAUAUCCCAGAUAAUCUGAACACAAUCAAGCGGCAGCCCGAGGAGUCGGAGUCCAUCAUGAAUUCCCAGUCUUCCCCCAGUUACACCGCCCAGUUUGACGCUCCUUUCCCCUGCACGCCGGUGGAGAAGCUGAUGGCUUGUCAGGAGAAGAACCCAGUGAGUGGCCUGACUGAAUAUUCCCAGUACACCUACCAGCACUGUGAGUUCGACAUGCUGGAGCAGAGUGGACCCCCGCACGAGCCACGGUUUAAGUUCCAGGCAGUGAUCAACGGGCGCCGGUUCCCACCAGCAGAAGCAGGGAGCAAGAAGCUUGCUAAGCAGGAGGCAGCAGCUAACGCCAUGAAGGUGCUGAUGAGUGAAGUGGAGAAUGGAAGACAGGGUGGAAUUAAGUGUGAGGAGCAGGUUGCCCCCGAGAACUCUGAGCCAGCCUUGCCUUUGCACCCCGAGCCAGAGCCGUCCUCUGCGCCAGCUCAUCUCAACCUGCUUCCUGGGAAGCACCCCAUCAGCAUAUUAAUGGAGUAUGGACAAAAAUCAGGGAACACGGUCGAAUUCCAGCUGCUCUCUCAGGAAGGCCCCCCUCACGAUCCUAGGUUCAGCUACUGUGUGAAAAUGGGUGACCAAAUUUUCCCUGCUGUGGUAGGAAACAGCAAGAAGGGAGCAAAGCAAAUGGCAGCAGAAGUUGCUGUGAAGAUUCUUUCUGGAGAAUCUGUACCCCACGUCUUGCCUGAACAGCCUGUCCUGAAGCCCCACAGUGACCAGUCCACGCACAGCUCUGGACCAGGGAUCACCUCUCCAGAGGAAUCCAAGGCAGCAAAAGCAAAGGGUGUUGGGGAGCUGAUCAAAUACCUUAAUGUCAACCCUGUCAGCGGCCUGCUGGAAUACGCUCGCUCCAACGGCUUUGCCGCCGAGUUCAAGCUCAUCGACCAGUCAGGACCUCCCCACGACCCCAAGUUUGUCUAUCAGGCCAAGGUCGGAGGCCGCUGGUUCCCGGCGGUGACUGCACACAGUAAGAAGCAGGGCAAGCAGGAGGCGGCCGACGCCGCCCUCCGAGUCCUCAUCGGGGAGACGGAGAAGAUGGAGCGCAUGGAGGGGACCAACAUCACCGAGCUCCCCGUGAGUGGCAGCACCCUGCACGACCAGCUGGCCAUGCUGAGCCACCAGCGCUUCAACGCCCUCACCGCCCGCAUCCAGCACAGCCUGCUGGGGAGGAAGAUCCUGGCUGCCAUCAUCAUGCGGAGAGGAGGCACGGGCCUGGGGGAGGUGGUCAGCAUCGGCACAGGUAAUCGUUGUGUGAAAGGAGAAGAGCUGAGCUUGAAGGGGGAGACAGUGAAUGACUGUCACGCAGAAAUCAUCUCUCGGAGAGGCUUUGUGAGGUUUCUGUACAGCGAGCUGAUGAAGUACGACCCGUCUGACCCCUCCUCAGCAGAGCAGAGCAUUUUUGAGCCGGCAGGGGGGGCACGGCUCAGGGUGAAGAGCAGCGUUACCUUCCACCUCUACGUCAGCACAGCUCCCUGUGGGGACGGGGCACUCUUUGACAAGUCCUGCAGCGACCAGGCGAGCGUGGCGGGGGCGCACCCCCCCAAGCAAGGGAAGCUGCGGACCAAGGUGGAGAACGGGGAGGGCACCAUCCCCGUGGAGUCCAGCGACAUCGUGCCCACGUGGGACGGGAUCCAGCACGGGGAGCGGCUGAGAACCAUGUCCUGCAGCGACAAGAUCUUGCGCUGGAACGUCCUGGGCUUGCAGGGGGCCUUGCUCUCACACUUCCUGGAGCCAGUUUAUCUCAGCUCCGUCACGCUCGGUUACCUGUACAGCCAGGGCCAUCUGACCCGUGCCAUCUGCUGCCGCCUGGCGAGGGACGGGAGCGUGCUGCAGGAGAAGCUCCAGGCUCCCUAUCGCAUUAACCACCCCGAGGUCGGGCGCGUCAGCGUGUACGACUCGGCCAGGCAGACGGGCAAGACGAAGGAGUCCUCAGUGAACUGGUGUCUUGCUGAUGAGGGCGAAGUCGAGGUCUUGGAUGGCACGAAAGGGAAAGUAGAUGG